AUUGGAAGUGUCAGGAGCAAACACGGGUGCUCUUUCUCUUGCCGGUGAUUACCAAGUCCUCAAUGGAAGAUGAUCCCCAUCGAUAGAGUCAGGCAGCUGAUGUAUAUCAAUCACAGAAUCAAGUUGAGGCAGCGGGCUUCCCCUGCACAGUCAUGGGGAAGGGGCAAGGGAGGAACCAGGGACUCCACAAGUCUCUCUGCCGGUGCUCAUAAAUGUGUUCCACGUCAACAAACCACAGGAGAGCUCCAGAGAGCAGCCUGCCUGAGCCUGGAUGCUGAGGAGUGACGGUGGGGCCAGUGCUGCUGCUGUAUUUUGGCUGCUGCUGCUUGUACUGCUGCUGCCGCUGAGCAGAUACCGCAGCGCAGCGAGGGGUCUGACCGCCUGAGCGCUCCGGGAGCCUGGGUCUGGCCGGGAAGGAGAUGUGAAGAGGCUGGGAGCUGGGAGGUGGGCAGGGCUCACUGAGGAGCUGCAAACCAAAAGGAGGAAUCCAGGCAGCAAAAGGAGAGAAGGGGUGAGUCUGAGCCAAGAUAUCAGGCCAAGGGAAGCUGGAGGAAAUGUCAUCCCUCGUCAAGGAGGACUUGGAGAAGAAACUGUUUAAGCCGCUCUCGCAGAAUCUGUACGAGUUCAUCCAAAUCGAGCUCUCGGUCCAGGACAGGUACUACCUCUGUGUGUCAGUGACCAAAAAUGAAGAAGUGAAAAUAAUUAUAGUGAAACACUACAGAAUAGGUUUAGAUGAAAAAUAUGAAGUAACAAAAAAGUGGUCUUUGAGUGAUCUGCAGAUGAUUGAUGGAAAAGAAGCAGAUACUGACAAUCCAUUUUUUGACCUGCACUUCAAGAAAGUGUACAGUUUGGAAGCAUAUAGUUGUGCUUCUAAAUAUUCCUUUGCUCGAACUGUAAAUAAGCUGAAUCAUGCAUAUCUUAAGAAAGAAUUACAGAUCGUGAACUUUGAUUCUACUUACAUUAAUGAUGAUUCUAUUUGGUCCUCCAACAACAAGGAUUGCUUGGUUCUUAUGAGAAUAUGCUUUUAUGCUUUCAACCUGCUGUGCCUGUCCCUCUGUCCCCUGCCACUCUGAAGAUGCAUUCCAUUUUCUUCCAACUGUAUUCUAUAAAAACGGUUUCCUAAGUAAAUAUUGGCAGUCAUGAUUUUGUUUUUUCCCUGCAUCAGUGACUGUUAUUUAUAUGGAAAUAAAGUGAUGCUUUGUGAAUUGCAGGGAAAUGUGUUUCAAUGUAAUCAUUCAACAUUUGGGACUUUUUCUCAUGUAUUCCUUAGAAAUUUUAGAAAGAGUCAGAUAGCUCUGCCUGAAUUAGUAUUCUUCUAAAGAGUAUC